CGCGAAUAUAAACAUAAUAAGUAAAAAUACAAAAAUUAUUUUGUCAUCAAAAUGACAUCAUUAUGCCACUUCGUAAUGAGGUCGCAUCGUUAGAAGAGUUAGCUAAGAAGAAAAUUCACGAAAUUCUCAUGCUAAAUAGAGACCAAAUAAAAGAAAAAGCAUACAAAUGGAGACUUCUCUUUAUGGAAUAUCUACCAGGAAAUUUAAGAACAGAUCUUUUAAGUUAUGGGUUUUCAAAAUAUGAUAGUAAAUUGUGUAGGCCCAGUUACCCACUUAAUUUUUGGGUGCCAUUUUCAAUCGCUCUUUUUGACAAGAGAAUUAAAUAUGUGCCACCUAUAUCUAUUAAUGAUUUGGAAAAAGAUUUACCACUUUUGCUGUCUUUUAUAUCAUAUCUUUGGACAUAUCGUCCUAAAAUCGACAAAUUAUUUAUGAAUCUUGUAUACGUAAACAAAAAUUGCAAUAGAUGGAAUAACUGUAAGAAUAGUAUACAACUUUCAAUGAAUAUUUUAAGCAAAUGUUUUGAUGAAGGUUUAGCAAACAAUCUAGUUCAACUUCAGCUAACCUAUCAAUGUGAUGAUUCAAUUUUAACUGCUAUUGGCCGACAUUCAAAAUAUUUAAAAAUUUUGGAUGUUUCAUGUUCAUCUACCAUAACAAUCAAUGGCAUCAAAAGCUUUAUAUUUAAAAAUCUAAAUACCUUUCAAAAUGAUAUGUUAAAUGGAUCAGAGGUUCAAAUAUACGCAUUUUUAAAAAGUAUAAUUGAAAAUCGAGAAAUAUUGAACACAAUUUGUUUUACAUUAGAAGAAAUACGAUUGCAGUAUAAUAAAACUAAUAAUUUAGGAUGGAUUUUAAUUAUAUCUUGCAUCCAGAGUCUAAGACAUCUUGGAUGGCCAGGAAAAUGGAAUAUAAAGAAAAUAAUUAUGACCGUUUGGCAUGAAAUAAUUAAACCUAAGACAUUCAAUCUACAAUCGAUUACAUUAGUUGAUUGGGAUAUAGCUUGUGAAGAAGUAUACAUGAUGACUGAAUGUUUACCAAAUUUAAGAAAUCUCAAUACAACAUUAACACGAAGUUAUGAACCGUUGAAUAGUAUAAACCAUCAACUCUUAAUAAAGUUCUGGAAUAAAUUGAAUUCGUUAACAUUAUACAUAGAAAAUUCUAUUGAAUACUUUGAACUUUUUUGUAGAAACGGAUAUGUUCAAAAUCUUUCUGAAUUAACAAUUAAAAGUGUGUCUUUAGAUAUCAGCGUUGAUCUAGCAUUAUUACAAAGUGGUUGUCCAAAUCUGAUAAUAUUAGACAUUGUUUCCAUAUUACUUUAUAUAAAUUUAAAACCAACUGGAAAAUUUAAAUAUUUAAAAAAAGUAACUACGGAAGCACCAUCUGCAGAAACCAAAUCUUGGUUUUUAUUUUACGGCUGUCCAUCCUUAGAAGAGUUUCAAAUAUAUAACGAAGUGGAUCCAGAAUAUUGGAAAAAUAUUUUUAUCAAUCCACCACCGUUAAUAUGUCAACAAAUGAAACGUUUACAAAUUGUAUUUGUUCUUUCUAACGAAAAUACAGACUUUUUAAUCCAGCCAUACGUCAUGAAUUAUUCAAUAAUAACAGAAUUUAUAAGGAAAUGUUUAGUAUUGAAUAUAUUCGGUAGUAUUCUAAAUUUUAAUAUGAGUGCACAAGAUAUUGAAAAUAUAUAUUCUUUUAUACGUAUGAAUAACUAUUCGUUGACAAUAUAUUAAUAUUAAAACAUUUUUAA